AUGACUAAGCGAUACAUAUGCCAAUUCUGUGCCCGUUCUUUUUCCAGGUCGGAGCACAAGCUCCGACACGAGCGAUCCCACACCAAAGAAAAACCAUUCCAAUGCUCAAUCUGCAAAAAUGGAUUUGUCAGGCGGGACCUGCUGCAGCGGCACCUCCGCACGGUUCACGGUUUGGUGCUGAAACACAGUAUCGACGGGAACAUAUCCACCAACGAUGAUCUGCUGAAGUCACCGUCUACUGCAAAUGGAGGGCCUGGUGAGAUGGUUUCGACGGAUCUGCAAUUCUCAGCUUUGCCCACGUCGCCAAGCGACUUAGAUCAUAUGGAAGACAACGCUGCUAUCCUGGCAGAGAAAACCGUUGUAUCGCUUCUCACGCUGUCCAAUCGAUUUAGACACCUUAACAUGGAGCUAAAGAACUCAAUAACGAACUACAUCAUAGUGUUUGGUAGCAGCAAAAAAUGGCAGGAAGAUCUUCCCUCAACCAACAUAAACAAGCUCUUAGCCAUCAAUGAGCUAGACGAGAUGCUAUACCUCGUGGUCUGCCUAGGGGCAUGCCUAAUAAAUGAGUUUGAGGAUGCCAUCACAAUGUUCAACAAGAGCUGGGAAAUUAUUAUCGAUAAAAUCACCAACUCCAAAAUUAACUAUAACUCGGGCGAGAUAUUCAACAGAUUUGUCGAUAACUUAAUCAUUCUCGGUUGCAUCUACCUCAAUUACUUCAUUAAUUUUUCCAACAGCUCGAAAUAUAGCUAUGAGCAGUUACACAAGAAGAUCGCCAUUCCAAUUGACGUACUAUUCGAAUAUCUCAAUAAUAUUAUUAGCACGCACAUGGCCAAUAGAGACGGACAACCACAGGGGACUUCUGCCCCAAGCAAACAUUCCAGUGAUAUUGCAGACCACAGUUCUAGGCGUGGGCUUGAACCAUUUUAUUGGAACGCAUAUUUACUUCUCUCGCAUUAUUCGUUUGUUUUCAACAAGUCGCCAUCCUCGCUGCACCUGUACCUCCUUGACAAGAAUCUCCCAGAAGAGCACCUAGCAGAUCAGUCCGGCAGUGACGAGACUCUUGGCCAACUUAUUACCAACUUAUCAGUGAUUUCAGGUUCAUACCAGAAUUUUGUGAACCAUGACGAUCUAACGCUGAAAGAGAAAGCAAUUAUAUGCGGACUGAUGAACGAGCUUCAGAUGGUCAAAUUCAACGAGACCAACAAAUUGAGCAAAAACGUCAUCUUACAACAAGGACUGUUCAAAGAUAACAAGAAUUUUCUUCACAACGCUAUCAUACUAGCAAAUAAAAAUUUCAAUGUUUCUGCAAAGCUUGCUUCCAACUAUGACGACGAGUUCAUUCGACUUCUCUCUAUAGUGAAAAGAAAGCUACUGGUCAAUUGUCCUUUGAAGUUUACCGAUUUACUCUCAAACUAUCUGAUUAUACCCAAAGGUGAUUACAACUGGACUCUUUUGGCUUUAACUCUGAAGGAAUUCAUUUUUGAGACCGAAUCGCUGAUCAAUGAUAAAAACUUCCUCAACAAUGACAAGCCUAUCAUUGAGUUUGAUUUGUCAAAAAUGGUAAACUUACUAGGCAUUGAAUCUAACAGCUCAAACACAGCCUCCGAGCUGACUGAUGAGGAAAUAUACAAAAACAUUCACAGUUUUAUAUCCACACCCUUCAACUACAAUUUCCUGAUUAACAACAACUUAGGAAUCACGUUACUACCGUGUCUUCUCUUAGCAUUAAUCCUCAAUGAGAACAGUCUGAUGUAUCACCGAAAAUUUCUAAAUCUUCCUGUGAACAAUCUUAUCAUGGUGGAAUUUAUUAUCGGGAAUUUUUUGAUGCUGAUUAGGAUUUUGAAUUUCUAUCGAAAAAAAUAUCUAAUUGAUCUGUCGAAUCCUUUGGAGAAAAAUUGGACUUCGCGAAACACAAGUCAUCCUCCAGGUACAUCCAACAAUCCCAACACAUCUGAAGAUGAAGAGCAAGGAGAUGAGGAGGAAGAUGAAAGCAUAAUUUUGUCCGUCAUAUUCUACGUGAUCAAUGAACUAGGCAGGAAGUACACUUAUACUCCGCCUGUUGCAGGCGAAAGGCGCCGAGCAAACAGCAUAUCCAUUGGUGAGUUCAGCAACAACAACGAGAAAAUGAAAAAAAUGAUGGGCUCUAAAGAAACCAAACAUGGUUCUGACAAACCAGAAGAUACGCUGAAAGCGCAAAUCACCAACGAUAUAAAGUACCAAAAUAUCAUGAAAAAUGUUCAAUCAAGUUUUCUGUGCUGGUUGAAACUUUACCAAUCUGACUUUGCUCAAUUGGAACAGUUCAUCAGAGUGCUCUGCAAGGUAUUAGAAAAUGACAUUUAUUCGAGACUCCAAAAUCAGAAGGCUGGUGGCAGCCCUCAUAGUUUGGACGUGUUCAAUCUAAUUUCCAGUCAUACGCAACCAAACCCUGAAUCCCAGUUUUAUGGCUCGCAUAUCACUCCUUUUGGGCAAAGGGCCCCGCCGUCCAGCUCCAACGACACCGGUUAUUAUCAACAUAAUUCGGACCAUUAUGGUCAGCAGAAGCUUCCAUCAUUUGUCGGUCAACAUUUACAAGGAUCCUUGUCGCCUCCGGGUGUAAAUCCGAUUUUGAUGAAUAAAGAUGACGAUCGGAUUCUACUACCUCCGAUCAACCAGAACAACAGGCAUCUACCUAAUCCGUUUGGAGCUCCCGCCGCUUCAAAACUAGGACUGGCAGGAACAGAGGGUCUGAGCGAGCUCAUUCAAGCGGCCUCGACGGUCGUGGAGCAAGACAAGAAGUAA